GCCGGGGUCAGACCACACAGACGAAGCAACGCCCACGAGCGCCCGAAACGCCAUCAAACUUGACGCAACAGCUCGCCCCCACCUCCCCGAUCCAUCCGUCCGUCCGCGGGACCGGGACCGCUGCUGCCCGUCCCGGCGCCAUGGGCGCGAACUGCGUCGAGGCGCCGGAGAGGCCCGUGGGCGCCGCCUGCAGGGUCGCCGCGGGCGAGGGCGACGGCGCCGGCGGGCCCACGGUGUUCCACGGCGCCGGCUACUCGCUGCCCCGGACCACGGUCGCGCUGGCGCUCUGGCUGGGCGGCAUCCACUUCAACGUCCUCCUCGUCCUCGCCUCCCUCUUCCUCUUCCCCCUCCGCGUCGCCGCCUUGGUUGUGGCAUUCCAGCUCCUCUUCAUGCUCACACCCCUCAACGACAAGGACGAAUGGGGCCGCAAGAUCGCCAGGUUCAUAUGCAGGUACGCGAUGGGCUACUUCCCGAUCAGCCUGCAUGUGGAGGACUACAAGUGCUUCGAUCCCAACAGGGCUUACGUGUUCGGCUAUGAACCCCACUCUGUGCUGCCCAUCGGAGUCGCGGCGCUCGCCGAUCUUGUCGGGUUCAUGCCUCUACCGAAAAUUAAGGUCCUUGCGAGCAGUGCGUUUUGUCAUUCGUUCUUGGAGGUGUUCUACACACCGUUCCUGAGGCAAAUUUGGACGUGGUUAGGACUAAUUCCUGCAACGAGGAAGAACUUUCAGUCAUAUCUUGGAGCUGGUUAUAGCUGUAUCAUAGUGCCUGGAGGUGUACAGGAGAUUCUUCACAUGGAUCAUGAUUCAGAGGUUGCCUUUGUGAAAUCAAGAAAAGGGUUUGUCAAGAUAGCUAUGCAGUCUGGCUGCCCUUUGGUUCCUGUUUUCUGUUUCGGACAGAGCUAUGCGUACAAGUGGUGGAGACCAAGUGGCAAAUUGUUUGUGAAAAUUGCUAGAGCAGUUAAAUUUACUCCCAUUAUCUUCUGGGGAAGAUACGGGACACCGAUCCCUUUCCCAACGCCCAUGCAUGUGGUUGUUGGCAUACCCAUUGAGGUCGAGAAAAAUCCUCAGCCUACCAUUGAUGAGAUAAAUGAAGUCCAUGAACAAUUCAUUGUGGCCUUGCAAGAUCUUUUCGAGAAAUACAAGACAAGAACUGGGUAUCCUGGCCUCCAUCUAAGAGUCCUAUGAUAUCCCAGAACUUAAGCUCAGUUUAGGCUUCAGGAAUAACAUGGCUCUACUCUAGCGGUAGUAGUAAAUCAAGCUGCACUUCGCAUUCAGGUCGCAGUGUGGUCAUCUUCAGAACCGGAACCAUCAGCCUGUAGCUACGGCGUGUGGAUCGUACAGCAACCUCUUGAUGUAAAACUUGUCGCUGCAGGCCCAGCAUAAAGACGUAUAAAAGGAUGACCUUUUGCAUAAA